AUGUUUUACUACUACGAUGACUCGAUGUGGGAUGGAGUACCCACUGGUUGCCCGCCAUCGACCUCGUGGAGACGGAGUGGUGCAAGAGAAAGUGAAGAAAAGAAAAAUCGAGAAGAAACAGCUUUUCCUCGAACAGAAGAUCAAACAAGUAAAUCGAUCGCUGAAAGCAAGGAGGAAAGUCUUGGACCUUCGACUCCGAUCCCAUCUCGAGCUCAUCAACCCUCAAAUCACUGCUGUCUCUGUGAUUCUCCUCCUCAUUCCACUCUUUCAUCGCCUCUCUUUGGCUCAAUUCAAACUGCAUCGAUGAGUGAAGUGUGUAGCGGUUUUGAACCGCAAAAUUAUCUCCGAGAUCGAUGCAAGAAAUGCUUUCGUUUAAAGUCAAAACAUGAAGAGCCUCCACCGCCGAGUCUCAUCAAAAAGGAACGAAGAAAAUCGUGGAGAGACAAGAAUCUGACGGGCGAUAAUGGGGCACCGGAACAAGAAACCUCCACCGUGACCGAUGAUCCAUCGGAAAUUCUCUCCGUCUCUUCCUAUAUGUCGGCCACAUCAAAGGGAAUGUCAUCAGCGAAAUCCCUUGACAGCGUCAGUAAUGGAGACACGAGAAGCAUGGUGACAGCGGUGAGUGGAUCAGCUGAUGAUGAGAAUCGAUGUCCGACACCGACUGAAGAAAAUAACUCAAUCAGUCUGACAAUGAAAGAAGAGAUCGCUCGACUCAAAGAAGAAAACAAAAAGCUGAAAGAAGAAAGGGAAAGAUGGACGUUGAGACAAGCGGCUAAAGGUGGAGGCGGUGAAAAUGAGCAGACUCUUGUUCAAAUGUUGGAGGAGAGAUUGAAUGAAGCCGAAGCUUGCAUACAGGAUUACAGAGAUGAGAAUACGGUGCUCAAAUGUGAAUUGAGAGAGCUACAGGAAUCUGGUCCGAAUGUCGAUUCAAAACUCUCCGAAAAGAUCAAAACAACUGAAGGACUUUGUGAAGAGUUGAUGGAAGAGAAUGAACAACUCAAAGCUGAAGUACGAGAUCUGCAAAAUGAAGUAGAAGAGAUGCAAGAUCAAUACCGGGAAGAGGAAAUCGAAGAAUUCCGCGAACUUCAACGAGAACUUGAGCAAAACGCAAAAAACUGUCGCGUUUUACAGUUUAAAUUGCGCAAGAGUGAGCGACAGAAGGAAGUGGCCGAGUCGGAGAAGACGAAUUUAGCGUCGAAGUUACAGACGUACGCAAGCGAUGGAAUUUCUCCGGGAUCAGGUCUCAGUGAGAACACAAAAAUCAGAGAGCUUGAAUCGGAUUUACGGAUAGCUAAAGAGGUAUCGGUUCGUCUCCACACAGAGCUAGAGCAGAGUGAGGAUAAACGAUACAAAUUGGAGGAUGAAGUGUUCUAUAUGAAAGAGAAAGUUCGCGAACUCCAAACGCAAAAUAAAUGGAGAGAGAAUAGGAAUCGAGCUGACAAUGCUGUGAAGCGAUUAUCCGCUGAACUGGCUGCUGCUGCCCCUAUGUUGCCUCCAGGAAGCACUGGAGAUACAAAUAAGGAAUUGAGAGAUGCUUUGGAAAGAGAAAUCGAUAUAAGAGAGCAGCUGAAGUUCUCCGAGGAAGAUUUGAAGAGGACACAAUUGAGACUGCAGGAUAUCGAGAAUGAGAACGAGGGGCUACUGAAGAAAUUGCAGAAGUUGAGCUCAAAGCGUCCACCGAUGGUCCGGUCGGCAAGCGAGGGCAACGCUCAAAUCCAACUCGAGCUAGCCGAGCACGAGGUUCAAUCGUUGAACUCGAAAGUCGAACGACUCGAGCGAACCAACGACAUGCUCACCAAAAAGAUAGUCGAAUUGGAGCUCGGCUCGGCGAAACGUGGCCAAGGCCUCGAAGUCCACUCUGGCAAUUCAGAGCUUGCCCAAUUCCAAGCCACAUUGACACCAGAAAUGGAGAGAGACAUGUCGAAUCUCUUGGCAACGAUCGGAGAUCUCGAACGGAAGAAUUUGGAGCUGAACAUGCAGUUGAGGAAAGAGGAGGGAGCGUCGAGAUUGAUGUCUAAUGUGACAACAAAUAAUGCCACAACACCCACUCCGGCCGAGCUCCGAGAGGAGAAGGAAAAGCGACGAAAGCUUGAAACAGAAGUCACCGAAUUGAAGCAAGCUUUGCUCAAGAGUGACGAUCAAAGACUUAUCGCUAUGGCCACAAAGGUGGAGGUUUUGAACAACCAAUUGACGCUGACGAAUGAACGGUGCAAUGUGAUUCAUCAGAAAUGUGUCCGUGGUGGGGAAAAGUACUCGGAAGAACUCAAGCGACGCGUCGAUUUCCUCGAGCGACAGCUGAGUGAGUCAUCAGCGAAAAACACGAUCGAAUCCCUUCAGCACAACAACAAAACACCGACUGUUGAUGAAAUUGAGCAAUGUUGUGAGGUACUCGCAUCGGUGGAAGCACAAACGAGUCGAAUCUGCAAACAAAUCGAGAAGCUCGAAAAUGCACAAAAGGAUGAACGCCGUCGAUCUCUUUCUAAGGACAGCUCGGCGACGAUCAUUGCAGAGUUAGCGAAUUUGAUGGGAGAGCUGAAGAGUGUGCACAAGCUGUUGGAUGAUAGCAAGUUAUCCAAUCCAAAUUAUCUCCGUCGAUCCCCGGCCCGCGAGGCCACCUCGACACCGAAGCCUGAGUGUUCGAGAUGCAAGGAAAACGAGAAAUGUGUAGAAGAACAGCAAGAAGAAAUUUGCUUCUACAAAAAGAAGAACAAAGAUCUCACUGAACAGGUUUUGCAAACAGAGGACCGUUGGACAAUUGAGAUCGAGAAACAGAGGCAAAUCUUUGAAAAUGAGAUCAAAUCUCUCAAUAUUCGCCUUUCUGACGCAAAACGGAUGGUCGAAGAACAAGAACAGUUGUUGGAAGUAAAAUCGUCAACUCUGAUCGAGAAAACGAAAUCGAUGGAAGAAGUACAAGAAAAGAUCAAGAAACUGCAGAGAGAUCUUGAUGAGAAAAAGAAAGUAUUACAGGAAACCGAAUCCGAUAAGAAAACGGUCAAGGAAUACGAGAUUAAACAUAACAAAUUGGAGUCGAUUUUCGAUCAAGAAAGGGAGAAAAUGAAUUCGGAGAGACAACGAGCGAAGAAUGAGAUUAUCGCGCUGAAGAAAAUCGGGGAAGAUGCCGAGUUUGAAUUGAAAAAAGUCUCCGAGGAUCUCCGAAAGAAAGAGUUGGCCUGGAAAACGGAUCGAUCAGGAUUGGAGAGGGAGAUUGCAUUGUUGAAAAAACAGAUACAAGCUGUUCGAAAUGGUGAGGGAAGCAUUCAUGAGGAGCCCAAAUCGACUGGAUCGAGUGGAAAAGAAGAAUCAGAAAUGGCGAAACUUGCCCGGCACGAGAGCGACAAGGUUCACUUAAUCGAUUUGAGAAAGGAGAUAGCUUUACUAGAGAAAAGAGUCGCUGAUCAAGCCGCUCAAAACGAGGAUCUAAAGAUCGGGACGGUCGAUCUGAAGAAUGAAUUGGAAAAGACGAAAUCUGGAUGGAGUCGAGACAAAGAGGCUUUCCAGCAUAAAUGUCGACAAACGGAAAAGAUCCGCACCGUUGAAAUGGACGCACUUCAGCAGAAGUUCUCGAGUCGAAUGCGAAUCAUGGAGGACACGAAUAAAUCGUUGCAUACACAGUUAGUGUUGGCGAGACGUGAGCGUGAUGCGCACAAGGACUCAAUGAGCAACUUCGAGAGAAAAAUGCUUGAGGAAAAGAAAAAUUCGGAGAAAGCCGAGAAAGAAUCGGUGGAUACAAAGAGCAAAAGCAAGGAAAUGCAAAAACGAUUGGGCGAUGUGGAGGCCGAAAUGGAGAGGGUGAAUACGGAUCUGCGAUUGACAAAAGAAGCACGGAAAGCCGAUCAAAUUUUGUGGAAUAUUGAACGAUCAAAGGGGAAAAACGAGAAGAUCAGUCAGCAAGAGCAGAAAAACGCCGAGCGAGUGCACAUUCAAUAUCAAGAAUAUGAACAAUUCUAUUCGAAAGAGGUGGAACGGUUGAACGAUCGAAUCCGUGAGCUUACCAAAGACUCCAAUCUGAAACAAGUGGAAAUGAGUCGAAUCAUCAAAGAUCUCAAAGAAACGAUUCGGGUGCUGGAGAUCGAGCAGAGAAAUUUGUCUCAAAUCAAGGACAAUCAAUUGACUCAAAAAGAGAUGCUGGAGGCCGAAGCCGAGAGACUCCAACAAGCAGUUCACCUCUCUGAACUUCAGAAGUUGACUAGAAAAUAUCGAUUGUCGUCGAUCAUUGAUCAACUCCAAUACGUGACAGAUCCCCUUCGGAGAGCUGGUCGUAUAGAGCUGGAUCAUCCUGAUUCAGUGAAGUACAUUAUCUCACAACUGAUGGCAAUCAGGGAUGAAGACAAUCAGAAUAAUUAUAAUGGUGAUGAUCGUUGUCCAUCCACGCAACCCUCAAUUUCUGGCUAUCGAAUGGGCGGAGAGCCGUCAAUCAGUGAGGCGGGACCUGAGUACGACAACAUCUCACAGAGCAGCUUCUCGAUUCGAUCAACCACUUCAAUCCCUGUGAGAGGCACUGUAAAAUGGACAGCGAAUGCAGGCACAACCUCAAUCUCAUCACUUUCAAAUGGAGUCAAUGCUUUCCCAAAACGAUCCUUCAGCGUUGAGAACACAACGAUGUCAUCAGCAUUCGACCGAUUGGUUGAUGGACGAGGGAAAUCUCCGCAAAAGAAAUCCUCCAACUAUCCGGAUCCACCGCCAAACUUCAUUCUCAACAAGAACACCGCUGUGGAAUACGAUAAAGAUGGAAGAAUUCAUUAUGUUCCGAAACAAUUCCCCCGUUCAACAUCAUUCGAUCGAUCGAGAGAUGAGGAAGAACCCAGUCCGAAUCCACAACGAAAAACGAGUGCCGAAGAGACAGGAGACACGGUAAAAGAAGGUACAAACAUCUUGUAUCAAGUGCGACGGGAAGAGCUGGCACGGGGUGGACAACCAUCUGUUAAACUAAUGGCCAAGGCUUUCGACUCGAUCGACAUGAAACAAGGCUCGCCCAGUGAAAGCAAAAAGGGUUUCUUUGGCAUUCGAAAGUCGAGAUCCGUUGAAACGACUCAAGAUUCAAAUGGAAAAAGGACCCCAGUAAAGCAGCCAACACCGUUGAAACAUAAUCAAAGCAUGAGUCAAAUUGAUGACGCUACGAAUAAUCCAUACGGUACACUGCCAAGGGGUGGACGAAAUCCAUUCAAAAACAUGGGCUCAAAAUUGGUGGAAAGAGUUCGUCGUUCACUUUCUCGAUCAAGUCGUGGAGCGGAUGGAUCGAGAAGAGAAAGUGAUGAUAGAGGAGAAAUUGGAAGAAGUAAUGGUGGAGAUGGAGAGGUUGUACCUGUGCAAGUACUCAAGCCACCGAAAAAGGAAAUUGGUAAACCGACUUCACCGAAGAAAACAAAAAAGAAAGCGGCCGAGUCAAAAGAAGCAAAAGCGAAGAAAGUUUCUCUUGAUCAAGUGAUGAAUGGAACUCAA